CAUCGGCGCAAAUUACAAAAAGAUUCAUAGCGCGACAACCAGACGUCCAGGCUCAGUUCUGCCAACGAUUUCGACACAAGCAGCUUACGAGCUAUCUGUCGACGCAAUUUUUACCUGUUUUUGAACUGACUUCGCGUGCGAUCGGCUGGUCUCCUGGCUUUGAGUCGACGUUAUUGAUGGUCUCGAUCGACGCCUGGAGAUGAGUGACAGCGCAAACGCGCCACCACAGAAUCACAGCCAUGAUGAACCAUCGAUAGCAAUACAUUCUGAUGUCGCGCUUAGCGCCAACGGCAUCAAGUCGGAAGAGGAAAACGGAAUGCCCAUUUCGAACGGAACAAGAAAUGGGCUGAUCAUCGAGGGCGCCAACAAGAAAAGGACGAUUCGCGACGGCGAUCGGAUAGACACAUUCAAUAAACGGAGGAAAGUCAGUAGCGCACCUAAGUCUGGCGUUUUAUCACGGCCAGUGUCGCCGCCGUGGCAAUUUGGCAGCGUGGACAAGGCUACUCUGGUUGUAGACGGAAAGAGGAGGUCUGCAAGGACAACAGCAACUUCUUCUCCUGCGCCAGUCAAGGAAGAAGAAAGGCGACCUCGGCGCGAAUCAGCUACCAAGAACAGGACAAGCUCAUCGAACCAACAGAAUGGUUCGAAAGCUGGGGCAAAAAAGAGUGCUCAGAAUUCAUCACACAGGCAUGCACGAUCUGUUGAGAAGAUUACUCCUGCGGAAACGUUCAAAAGGCCGUCUAAACCUUCAAAACCGUCCGAUUCGCCCUCCUUGACGACUCCCAAAAAUAGUAAACGCACCAGACGUGAAAGCAUUACAAGUGUGUCUGCAGAAAAGAUAGCUCCUUCCUCAGCCCCGCAAAGGACAGGCACGAGGCGAUCUUCGCGUCGGUCAGAACUCUCACAAGAGCAAGUCGCCUAUUCUGCGGCAGUAGAUGGUGAUACUUCUCCUGGACGCUUCCAGAAGCUCAAGUUAAGGCUUCGGGAGCCAAAGCUGGGAAGAUCUCACCCAGGACAUUGGCCACAACAGCGGAAAUUUUCCUCUUUUCAGGACUGGCUAGACAAUGACGAUCCGCUGGAGGGUGAAACGGACGUCCCUAUGAAAGACGAAGACGUACAGAAGGAGAUUCAAGCCCGUUUGAGGAUCGUACGUGCAACUGAGCCGGGAGGUCUGCUUACGGAAGGUCGAUGCACGCGUUUCUUGGAAGGAGAUUCUCGAGAACCUCCGCCUCGAUAUAAUCUAUGGGACCAUUUGUGCGCUCACGCGAUCAACUUCCACGGCUUAUUAGGCAAGGAGAAGGAAAGGCAUAAAAGAUGGGCCAAGCAGCUGGCAUCCGCAUGUCAGAUAGCGUUGGCGACAGAAGAUCGUUGGUCAAACGUGAGGGAAAGAAAAUCCGUCGAGGAAAUCCAGAAAGAGCAAAUAGGCUACCAGAUACGUCGGUACAAGCAGGUUGUUAAGGACUUGGGCGGUGCCUGGGAGCUUGCACGUAAUGAAGUUAACAAGAUACGAUUCGAACAGUGGGAAAGGGAGCAAGAAGCUCUUGGCAAGAAAGCUCUAGAUGAGAUGUUGGAUCACUCUACACAAUUGUUGUGGCAGCAUCGCACACGAGAUUCGUCCGAAUAUCCUAGUGAGGCAAGGUCCAGCAUUGGGCCGACUGGGUCUGAGACAGGCACAGGGGUCGAGGAUUCUGAUCGUAAUGACGACGAUGCAAAUUCUGAAUCAAAUGCCGAAUCGGAAUGCGACAGCGAAAAUAUGUCCGUUUCAAGUGAGGAUGAGGAUGAGGAUGGCGUCGACGCUCAUGAUGAUGAUGCAAAUCUGAGUCCCGAAGCGUUGCGACGAAAAUAUGCAUCUGUUCUUGCACAAGAGUUGCCAAAUGCAUCUGAGUCAAGCGAGAACGAAUUAGCCGAGGACGAGGAUGACGAUAGCAAUACUGACGAGGAACAGACGGCAGAAAGCGAAGAUGCAGACGAAGACGAGGAGGAAGGGGAGGAUGAGGAACAUAGUCUGCUUUCUUUGAUGCUACCAAAGACAAGCCGUCCCAACGUGGCACCACAUCAGUAUCCGAACAAGUCUGUGGAAGUCGAUUCCAAGAUGGAUUCUUCAGGAACAGCUGACGACGCAGCAUCCAUUAUCGAAAGCGAUCGACCUCCACCUGAGCUUGAGGAGGUAGACGAUAUACUUAUGGAUGAUCCGGAUGAAGAAUCUACGGAUAUGGACGAUGAUGAUGAGUCAGAUAUAGAUGAAAGCGGCACAGAAGCCUCCGACUCGUCAGCAGAAGAGACUGAAGACGAGUUGGGCUUAAUGGGCUUCUAUCCCAAGCCAAAGAAGUCUCGAGAAGAAACAUCUGCCAGUCAUCGGUCGCACGUUGCGGAAGACACAGACAUGGUCAAUGAUGAAGCAAGUGACGAUGUGGAUGAGCUCAUGGCUGAUCGCCCCAAACCGACGGAGAAGGACAAAUCCGACCAAUCCAGGUUAAGCACUCCGCACACUCCUGUUGAGCCAGUCAAGACCGAGGUCCCGUCUCUUCUUUUGCGUGGCUCCUUGCGAGAAUAUCAACAUGAUGGCCUAGACUGGCUUGCGAAACUGUACGCCGGCAAUCGUAACGGUAUUCUUGCGGACGAAAUGGGCCUGGGCAAGACAAUUCAGACGAUUUCCCUACUCGCACAUCUUGCGGUGCACCACAAGAUCUGGGGUCCACAUCUUGUCGUUGUACCGACUAGUGUCAUGUUGAAUUGGGAAAUGGAGUUUAAAAAAUGGUUACCUGGCUUCAAAAUUCUGACUUACUACGGCGACAUCGAAGAGCGACGGAGAAAGCGCCAAGGCUGGCUCAACGACGACAAAUGGAACGUGUGUAUUGCCUCGUAUCAGCUCAUUCUGAAGGACGCCCAAGCUUUUAAGAAGCGAAGCUGGCACUAUCUCAUCCUCGAUGAAGCGCACUACAUAAAGAAUUUUCAGUCUCAGAAGUGGCAAACCCUUCUCACAUUCAAGACGCAUUCUAGACUGCUCCUAACCGGUACACCCUUGCAGAACGACCUUCAAGAAUUAUGGUCACUUCUUUAUUUCCUGAUGCCUGCAGGUUUGGACGGCUCUGGCGGCUUCGCUGAUCUAGAGAAAUUCCUCAAUUCGAUGAAGCGACCGGCGGACCAGAUUCUCAAUCAAGGCCAACAAAAGCUCGAUGCUGAAGCGCAAGCACGUGUCAACAAGCUCCACGAAGUUCUUCGACCAUUCCUCUUACGACGUUUGAAAUCCGAAGUCGAGAAGCAAAUGCCAGGAAAAUACGAGCAUGUCGUUUAUUGCCGACUGUCAAAACGUCAGCGCCAACUCUAUGACGAGUUCAUGAGCCGCUCAGAUACGAAGAGAACGCUUCAGAGCGGCAAUUACAUGAGUAUCAUGAACUGUCUGAUGAGCUUAAGAAAAGUCUGCAAUCAUCCAGACCUGUUCGAGACCAGGCAGAUUGUAACCAGUUAUGCCAUGCCAAAAUCAGCGAUCGCAGACUAUGAGAUUAAAGAACUGCUAGUGCGUAGACGGUUUUUGAAGUCUCAAGAUUCAGUCAAUCUCGAGCAUCUCGGAUUCGUGCCUACGAUAUUUGAGAAACAUAGCCGCUUAAGCCAGUUCCGACGCUAUCAUCUUCGCGCUGUGGAGCCUUUGCAAGGGCUUGUGGAGAGGCAAACCAGGCGCCUAAAGCCUGCAGACAACGUAGGCUAUGGCACAGUGAAGGAAACAAUACGCCAUAUAGAAGCGGAUGCGGAACAUUCGGUGCUACACUCUCUCAAGAACCGUCUGAUGCAUGCAAGAAGAACUACGGAUCAGUGGCCGAUAUACGGCACAGAUUUUGUUGGCCUAAUGACCAUGCCGAACCGCUUCUUCCCUUCGGUACCGACACGCAAACAACUUCAAACACGGUCCAUGGGCGAUUGGUACACCGAAGAUAACUGCGUCCUCAUCCAGGAGCUCAUGCCCAAUCUUCCUGAAGUGGCGAAGCGUUGCGAAUCCCUCGUAACCAAAUUCACCUGUCUUACCCCAGCCGUAGUCGCGGAAGACGUCAAGGAAUAUGCCUUGACACGCAGGGGCAUGGAGCUCGUUCAUGAAGCUCAAGCAUUGACAUCAUCGAGUCCAGACCCAUACCAUGAGGCACGUAUACGUUCUUCGAUUGCCUUCCCCGAUAAGCGUCUACUCCAAUACGAUUGCGGCAAGCUUCAAGCCCUGGCAACUCUUCUUCGCGAGCUUCAGUCCGGUGGUCAUCGAUGUCUCAUCUUUACACAAAUGACCAAGGUCCUCGAUAUCCUCGAACAGUUCCUCAAUAUCCAUGGCCAUCGAUAUCUUCGUCUUGACGGUGCCACGAAGCUUGAGCAGCGUCAAAUUCUCACUGAUCGCUUUAAUAACGAUCCCCGCAUCCUCGCCUUCAUCUUGUCAUCUCGAUCUGGCGGUCUCGGCAUCAACCUCACUGGCGCUGACACGGUCAUAUUCUAUGAUCUGGAUUGGAAUCCCGCAAUGGAUGCGCAGUGUCAAGACCGCUGCCAUCGUAUAGGACAGACACGCGACGUGCAUAUUUACCGAUUCGUUAGCGAGCACACCAUCGAGGCCAACAUCCUUCGCAAGUCCAACCAGAAACGCCUCCUCGACGAUGUUAUCAUUCAAAAGGGUGAAUUUACCACCGAUUGUUUCAAUCGUGUUACAUAUAAAGACGCUUUUGCCGACGCAGAAGAACUCGCGGGAGAGGACGCAGAUGCCUCUGCAGCCAUGGACCGCGUCCUGGGCGAGGUCACAGGUCUUGGCACGGUACUCGACAGCGUUGAAGACAAAGAAGAUGCUGUAGCCGCCAAGGAAGCUCAAAAGGAGGCUAUAUACAACGCAGACGAUGCCGACUUUAAUGACUCCAGCAAUCAAGUCACGGGAGCAGCGACAACACCACGAGGCGGCUCUCAGGCACCUGGAAUGGUCGACGAAGUGGCUCAAGCUGCGAGAGAAAUGGCAGCGGAUGAGAAAGGUGCCGUAGAUGAGUGGAUGGUCAGAUACCUGGAUUCAUUUGAGAUGAGAGGGUUGCCCGUUGUGCUACCGAAGGCGAUAGUGAACGCACAGAGAAGCAAGGCGAGAAGAGGUCGAGAUUACCGGCGAAAGAGAUGACAUUUACAAGGGGGGGGAAAAGCACUUGUGAGAUCUACAUCGUCAAACUCAAGUAAUUUUAUGUAUAAACAUGAACAUGAGAAACAGCCUUUUAGCUGGUUAUCAUCGUACAUGAUGAGCAACACGUCCUCUC